GAGUUCAAUAAGAGAUAACCAGCCUAAAGUCACUUUGAAUAAAGAUCCGAGACUUAAUUAUCAGAGAUUUUAACAGAGAUUCAGGAUGCUUGGAGUAAAUGUGAUGAGGCAUUGCGUUUUUGUUGUGUUUAUAUUUUUAAUGUGUGUAUCCGGUGUGUGUGACGCGGGAUGCGCGGAUAGACCGUCACCGCACUGCUGUCCGGGACGGAAUAACGAGUGUGUGGAGUUCACCGGGAGAAAAACUGUUUGUUACUGCGACACAUACUGCAUGAGGACCGGAGACUGCUGUGACGACUAUCACACAGCGUGUCACAUAUCAGCAGCAGUAGACUGUGAGGUUGGCCAGUGGGGUCCCUGGUCUCCAUGUUCGUCAGUCUGUGGGGCGGGGACUACAGAGCGAAGCCGUCAGGUAGCCACGCCCCCACGCAAUGGAGGCACACCUUGUCCCGAUCUCAAACAGCGCAGAGGGUGUUUUGCUCACACUGAGACCUGCAGCGCAGCAAAAGAGGUGGCCAAAAUCCUGCCCGACUCGUUCAAGCGUAACUUUAAGGAUCCUUGGAGACGGCCGCACAUGCUGAUAAAGGAGGAGAAGAAGAGUUAUUGCGUGUACAUGCGUGUGAAGCAGGUCAGUGUGGCGUGUAAGGUGAAACUGUGGAGUGCUCAACUGGUCCGCGAGCGCUCCGUAUGUGUCGAGUGUCAGAGUGAUGCCAUGGCCACAGACAACCACUGCCGUGGAGAUGGCUUGAAAGACAUCAGAACCUUCUGGGCCGCUGCAUCAGCACCUGGUUGCUCUGGAUCGUGGGUUCGAGAGUCGUCCACUGAGAACUGCCGGUGUCCGCCUUACUCAGUGCUAUUUGUCUGAACAACACCCUUAAAAGCUCAUUUUGAGGGACAUGGUUGCUCCAAGUUGUUCUACAGGAGUCUUGGAGAGCCAACCAACGUUGAAGCCAAAUUCUCUAUGCUUGCCAACUCUAACUUCACCUCUCUGUGUUUCUCUGCCACCACCAAACCCAAAACACAAACCUGUUUUUCUGAAACUCUGCUAUCUACCUCUAAAAUGCACCUGCACCUGUUUUUGAUAAUGCCUUUUAUCUUGAUACAGAUUUAGCUCAAUACUUUUUUACUCUCCUGUUUCAUAUGUGCCGUAUUUAUAUAUGUUUGAAUGUAACUUGUGUGUGUCCGUUUGUCUGUGUGUGCAUUUAUAUACAGUUAUGUUUGUGUAUGUUAUGUUCGAAUUAAAUGUGUACUUGUUUGUUAAUGCACAAGUCGCUGACAGGAAGGCUAUCAUAUAUGAAUGUUUCUAUUUGGUAGUUUUUCAUUCUCUGAAAAUCCACUUCAUUUUGAUCUACUUUGGAUUUUUGUUUGUCCUUUUUAUGAGUUCUGGAAAGUAUCCCGAACUAUGCAGAAUAAUCCAACCACUAGCGAACUGCACCCAAGUGUGCUUGAAAACGGUGUGGUGAUGUUCAUCUGUUUGCAGUUGGUCUGACAGGCCUUACUGAUGUCAUAUAUUUUGCUUAUUCCAGUUAAACGCCUUUCUCAUUGCUGCUUGCCUCUGAACAAACAUAGUGUAUCAAGUGAAAGUGUGGUUCUAAAGGCUAGUGUAUAUGUAACCAGUCCUGCUCAACCCGCUCCGAACGGGACUCAAACCGGGGUCUCCGGCAUGGGAGGCGGGUGCGCUAACGAGGAGGCUAAAGGCUACAACCCUUAGCAACAGUCACUAGUGCGCCUCUUGAGGCCAGAGGAGUGAGGUUUACAUACCGCACAGCUACCUACCAGCUGGCUCCCGUUACAUAUACUUAAUUUCUCCAUGUACCGUUCCAUCUUUCGAAAUGUUGCGUGCUUUCAAAGUAUUCCUUUUUUACUUCGAGCCCAUAUGGACAUGUUUGCCACAUGUGCACUACAACUGCUUUGUGAUACUCUUUUAGCACAGUUAAUAGAUGGUUUUCCAUCUGUAUAUAUAUAUAUAUAUAUAUAUAUAUAUAAUUCGCGUAUUUUGGGAUAUCGCGUAAAAAAAGGCUGGACGAAAACAUCAGAUAAAAUCUCCAAAAUGUGCAUAAAAAUGUGUAUGCUCGCUUGAGGUGGGUACAUCGUUUUUUCGAUAAGAAGACAUGCACAUAAACUACGAUGGAAACACAUUUAUAAAUAUAUUCCUAUAUAAUUUAUGCAGGAAUAUAGAUGCUCAUCAAAAAAAAAGUAAUGUGAAUACAAUAGGGCUGCAACUAACGAUUGUUUUGAUAAUCAACUAAUCUAAUGAUUGUUAGAACGAUUAUUCGACUAUUCGGGCGAUUAUUGCAACGAUUAAUCGUCAGCUCUUAACCGAUUCAGGUUGUAUUAAACGUGCUGACUAACAAUAAAGAGGACAAAAUCAUCUUUUAAAAAUACCUCUAAAUGACAUUCACUGAAUUAAAGGGAAAAAAUCCUAUUGUUAUCAAGUGUUUUUGUCUUGCUUUCCAUUUAACAUGAUCCAAAAAUCCAUCUUUAACUCACAAAAAAACUCUUAUUAAUAGAUUUGCUUAUUGCAGAUUUUCUUCAAGAUGAGAUACACACCGUGAAAUAUACAGUUUAUUAUGAUUCAAUAUGUCGCGAGCCAUCACAUCAUAAUUUAGCUGCAGCAAACGCGUCAGACGAGCAUCCCCGCGCCAGACUGUGCAUCUCUUCACCUUUGAUUGGGUCACUUCACAUGACUCAUAGAAGCGGCGCUUACCACAAAGAGAAAUGCCAGUUUCAUUGUUUAUUUACAUAACCUGCUUCCUUAUUAUUUGAACUUUAAUAAAGGUUGCAUUCAAAAUAUAAUGCCAGGGUGUUUCCUUAAACGCUCGCCAGAUCCGAUUCCGCUUUAUUUCACGAUGACACCGCUUCUGUAUUUACUUAUUUUGCAUUUUUGCAUUAUAAUUCCCUCAAACUUUGCAGUCUACAUCACCUGAAGCUGUUUGGAAACUUUGGAGUUCGUCUGGACUGCGAGUUGUUUUCUUCCUCUCAAUCUGGCACGCCAUCAUUAGAGUUUCAUAUGAUCUCAUGUUACGUUAAAUCGUCGACUAUAUUGUCGACGUUGUCGAUAACGUCGUCUAAUCGUUUCAGCCCUAUAAUACAUAUUUCGCUCAGAGAACAUCAUCAAUAGCAUAGCAUCUCAAAUGUUGCUCUGGUCAUUUUUAAAUGUUGGACACAAAGCCUGUCAUCAAAAUGUUUGGCUACUAUUACCUCCUAGAACUGUCUGACACGCUUUCGCUCCCAUACAUGCCGCUUAACGCUAGAAAACACAAAGUUCAUCAGAGCGUUUUGUCUGCACGCUCAUUUACAUAUUACAUUUAAUAAAAGAGCCAUUGUGGCUUCAACUUCCAUUUCUAUUUUUUGCACAAAUGUCCCCAGAAGUGACUAUUUUGUUCUCUUAAACAGAUGUUUCUCUUAUUUGCGAAUUGUUUUUACGAUAUUACGAUUUUGCGCAAACAUUUAAUUCGGAACUUGGAUGGAAGCUUAGCUAAUGGCAGGCGCACAUGCCAGUGAUGCACAAAGACAAACUAAACUACACACAGAUGAAAUCUGCAUCAAGCACACUGUGACGUACCAGCAAGUUUACUUUGGCCUGAAGACCUCACAGUAAUCACAAUAUUUAAUACAUGAAGUUACAGUCAAAUAAAUGGGACCCACUUUAUAUUAGGUGGCCUUAACUACUAUGUACUUAACCGUUUGAUACAAUUUACUUAUUAUGUACAUACAUGUUGUUGCAUUGUAAUUACAUUUAAAGUACUUGCAUUUAAUUACAUUUGUAGUUACACUGUUAAUUUUACCCCUAACCCUAACCCAACCCUUACCCCAAAACCUACCCAUAUCUCAACCUCAGUAGCAGCAAAUGUGGGAAUUUUGCAGAAUUACAUGUAGUUACACAGUAAAUACGUAGUCUUGUAUGUAUUUCAUGUUAGUACAUAGUAGUUAAGGCCACCUAAUAUAAAGUGUGACCAAUAAAUGCUUUCAAGAUUCUGAUUUCAUUGUAUUAUUUUGCUUUUAAAUAAUAUUAUUUCAACAGCUUGUGUUUUAUUGACUAUGUAUAUUGUAUCAUUUUGUUGGCUCAUGUUAUUUGCAAUGUUAUUCUUUUCCCCAUCGUUCAUUAAAAUAUCCGU